AUGAUGACUGUCCUCGAACAUGACGAGAAGCCCGACUCGGUUCGUGUCGAGUAUGAUGCCCGGAAUAAUGCGCACGAUGACAGUAUUGAAGACAUAGCCACGAGUUGGUUUGUGUGGCUGGUUGCACUCACAGCUUCUAUUGCCGGUGGUUUAUUCGGUUACGAUACAGGAAUCAUUUCUGCUGUAUUUGUCUACCUAGGUGACGACCUUGAUGGCUGCCCAACAUCGGACAGUGAAAAAGAACUAAUUACCAGUCUCUGCGCUGGUGGUUCUUUUAUCGGCGCAAUCAUCGCCGGAGUUACCGCCGACAAGUAUGGCAGAAAACCCGCCAUCUAUGUCGGCUGCUUUCUGUUUACCAUCGGUGCUAUCCUCCAAGGAGCAGCAUACAGCAUUGUGCAGAUGGCUGUUGGCCGGCUUGUCGUUGGCUUGGGCGUCGGCUCUGCCUCCAUGAUUGUUCCCCUGUAUAUCGCAGAGAUCGCGCCUACCAAGGCAAGAGGCCGUCUAAUCGGCCUUAAUAACAUGUCGAUUACCGGCGGACAAGUUGUGUCCUAUGGCCUGGGUGCGGCAUUCGCACACGUUUCAUCUGGAUGGAGGUAUAUGGUUGGCCUUGGGGCCUUCCCGUCAAUUAUCCUCGCGUGCCUCCUUCCUUUUUGUCCCGAGUCGCCCCGUCAGCUCAUCUACCAUGGUAAAAUGCAAGAAGCAGAGCCGCUGGGCCAAAUCAAAAUGCUGCAUAUAAAGCCAGCCUAUUUCCGUACUCUUAUCUGCGCAUGUGGAUUUAUUGUGAUUGCACAAAUGUCCGGCUUUAAUACCCUUAUGUAUUACUCUGCGACCCUCUUUGACCUCGUCGGCUUCUCUAAUCCUGUCGCCGUCGGCCUCGUCGUCUCAGGGACAAAUUUCAUCAUGUCCUGGGUUAAUAUGAUGACCGUCGACCCCAUCGGCCGCCGCCGUAUCGUUCUCCUAACCUCCUGGGGAAUGUGUGCUGGCCUUGUCGCCGUUGCUAUCGCAUUCAGUUUUAUCCCUGUAAAUAUAUCAACUCUCGAACUCGAAACCGACAGUGUCAGCACCGCUGCUAUCGUCGUUCUCGUAUACAUUAUCUGGUUCGUCUUCUGCUACGGUGUCUCUAUGGGAAACACCGCGUGGAUGAACACCGAUCUCUUCCCAAUGGAAGUCCCCGCCGUCGGGACAAUGUGGCUCGCCUGCUCCUGCUGGGCGGCUAAUAUAAUUGUCUCGAGUACCUUUUUGAGUAUGAUGAAGGGGAUUAUGCCCAGUGGAGCAUUUGGUCUCUAUGCCGCUAUUUGUGGGAUUGGAUAUAUCUUGAUCUAUUUCUUUUAUCCCGAGGUUUCGGGAUUGACCCUGGAGGAGAUUAGGGAGGUGUUUGAACAUGGGUUUGGGGUCUCUUAUUCCAGGCAGCUACGGAAGGAGAGGACGUCUGCUCGGGAAGCUGAGCAGGCUGAAGAGGCUGGUGGGAAAUAA